CUCUCUCUCUUUUAAGCUUUGCUUCACUUCUAAUCUUCUCAAAACCUAACACCCUUUUGCCCCUUUCUUAUGUAUCUUUUAUUUCUGUGGUGGGUUUCUUAAAUAGAAACCUUAAUUAUCAUUUUCUUGUGUUUUUUUUUUGGUUCUUGAUUUUUCGGCCAAAAAAUGGAGCAAGAAGGAGCACUUGUUAUAGUACCGGCGGCAGUACCCGUUACGACGGCGACGCCGAAGAGGGCGGUGGCUCCGCCGCCGACGUCGUUAGCGCCGGGUUUCAGGUUUCAUCCAACGGAUGAGGAGUUGGUGAGGUACUAUCUAAGGAGAAAAGCUUGUUCGAAGCCAUUUCGGUUUCAGGCUGUUUCUGAAAUUGAUGUUUACAAAUCUGAGCCUUGGGAACUUGCAGAAUAUUCAUCGCUGAAGACCAGAGAUCUAGAGUGGUACUUUUUCAGCCCUGUAGAUAGGAAGUAUGGGAAUGGAUCUCGACUUAACCGAGCCACUGGCAAGGGCUACUGGAAAGCUACUGGGAAGGAUCGUCCUGUUCGCCACAAGUCUCAGACCAUUGGAAUGAAGAAAACACUCGUUUUCCAUAGUGGUCGAGCUCCCGAUGGUAAGAGAACUAAUUGGGUGAUGCAUGAGUACAGACUUACUGAUGAAGAAUUGGAAAGGGCUGGAGUUGUGCAGGAUGCCUUUGUACUUUGUAGAAUCUUCCAAAAAAGUGGAUUAGGACCUCCGAAUGGCGACAGAUAUGCGCCAUUUAUUGAGGAGGAAUGGGAUGAUGAUACAGCCCUCCUGGUUCCCGGAGGAGAGACAGAGGAUGACGCGGCCAAUGGUGAUGAAGCGCGAGUUGAGGGCAAUGACCUUGACCAGGAUGCUCGACAUAAGGCUCCUCCUCGCCAAAGCGAGAACCUGCUCGAUCCCCAACCUAUUCCGUUUAUUUGCAAGAGGGAGAGAUCACCAGAAGAUCCAGAACCCCUCUCUUUAGCUCAAAGCAAAAGAUCCAAGCGCGAA